CCCCCCACCCUGGUUCACCAUGCUGAUCAAAGAGUACCGCAUCCCCAUGCCCAUGAGUGUGGAGGAGUACCGCAUCGCGCAGCUCUACAUGAUCCAGAAGAAGAGCCGCGAGGAGACCUGCGGCGAGGGCAGUGGUGUGGAGAUCCUGGAGAACCGGCCGUACACCGACGGCCCAGGAGGCUCAGGCCAGUACACCCACAAAGUCUACCACAUCGGUCUGCACAUCCCCAGCUGGUUCCGCUCCAUCCUGCCCAAGGCUGCACUGCGGGUGGAAGAGGAGUCCUGGAAUGCCUACCCUUACACCCGCACUCGGUACACAUGUCCCUUUGUGGAGAAGUUCUCCAUCGAUAUCGAGACGUACUACAAACCUGACACGGGGAACCAGCUGGAUGUUUUCAACAUGUCUCCUGUCGAGAGGAGGCAGAGAACUCUGGACCCCAUCGAUAUCGUCAAGGACCCCAUCCCCCCCCAUGAGUACAAGGCAGAGGAGGACCCUCGGCUCUACAAGUCGGUAAAGACAAAAAGGGGCCCGCUGCAGGAGGACUGGAUCGAGGACUUUAACAACAACCCCGACAAGAAGCCCAUCAUGUGUGCCUACAAGCUGUGUAAAGUGGAGUUCCGCUACUGGGGCAUGCAGUCGAAAAUUGAGCGCUUCAUCCACGACGUGGGGCUGCGGAAGGUGAUGGUGCGAGCUCACCGGCAAGCCUGGUGCUGGCAGGACGAAUGGUACGGCCUGACCAUGGAGGACAUCCGGCAGCUGGAGCUGGAGGCGCAGGUGAUGCUGGCACAGAAGAUGGCCCAGUUCAGCUGCACGGAGGAAGGCGCUGAGGCGGGCCGGGGCGGGGCGGCCGGCUCCCCCGAGAAGGAGCAGGGCGGCAAAGAAGCAGCCGGCGCCGCAGAGGCGGAGGGCAGGCCGGCGGGGGCCGACACGCUGCAGGCGCGCGCCGCUCUCACCAAGCAGUGGUCUACCUCCUCCAAGUCCUCACGCUCGUCCAAGAGGGGAGGUAGCCCCUCUCGGCAGAGCAUUUCGGAGUGGAGGAUGCAGAGCAUCGCACGGGACUCGGAGGACAGCUCCGAAGAGGAGUUCUUCGACGCACAUGAGGACCUUUCGGACAGCGAGGUGGUCUUCCCUAAGGAGAUAACCAAGUGGAGCUCCAAUGAUCUGAUGGACAAGAUUGAGGCUACGGACCCAGAUGAAGCCCAAGGAGAGCUGUACCAGGAGACCGUUGCCAGCGUAGAGACACUCAAUGAGGAUGGUUCUACCCCAGAAGUCCUUCAGGCCUGCAAGAUCCACGUGCUUAUCCUAGUUCUCCAUGGUGGCAACAUCCUGGACACAGGCUGCGGCGACCAGAGCAGCAAGCAGGGCGACGUAAACACCAUCAGCACAGCCUUCGAGACGGUGAUGCGUGUGCACUACCCCGCAGCGCUGGGCCGCAUCGCCAUCCGCCUGGUGCCUUGCCCACCAAUCUGCGCCGAGGCCUUCUCUCUGGUGUCCAGCCUGAGCCCCUACAGCUAUGAUGAGGGCUGCCUGUCCAACAGCCAGGAUCACAUCCCUUUAGCCGCCCUCCCCUUGCUGGCCACUUCUGCUCCGCAGUACCAGGACGCCGUGGCGACCGUCAUCUUGCGGGCCAACCAAGUGUAUGCAGACUUCAUCAAAUCUCUGGAGGGGGCCGCCUUCUCGGGACAGGUCUGCCUCAUUGGAGAUUGCGUGGGUGGCAUCCUUGGCUUUGAUGCACUGUGCAACAGUAACCAGACCGUAUCAGAGAGCCAGAACAGCAGCCGUCGCGGAAGCAUGGUGAGCAUGCAGGACAAUGACCUGCUAUCACCGGGGAUCAUAGUCAACAGCAGCUACUGCUCGACAGGGACGUCGCUGGAGUGCAGCCGUCACCUGAGCCGCAGUAACAUCGACAUCCCGCGCUCCAGCGGCGCCGAUGACGCCAAAAAGCAGCUGCCGCGCAAGCGCAGCGACUCCUCCACCUACGAGCUGGACACCAUCAAGCAGCACCAGGCCUUCCUGUCCAGCCUGCACUCCAGCGUCCUGCGGAAUGACCCCGGCUCCCGCCGCUCCAGCAGCAGCACCAUGCUGGAGGGGAAUUCCCUGGGCAAGUUCGACUUCGAGGUGUCCGACUUUUUCCUCUUCGGCUCGCCCUUAGGCCUGGUCCUCGCCCUCAGGAAGACGGUCAUCCCCAUGUUGGAUGUUGCCCAGCUCCGCCCAGCCUGUCAGCAGGUGUAUAACCUGUUUCACCCUGCCGACCCCUCGGCUUCGCGCCUAGAGCCCCUGCUGGAGAAGAAGUUCCACCUCUUGCCCCCCUUUAAUGUGCCCCGGUACCAGCGAUUCCCGCUGGGGGAUGGCAACUCCGCCCUUCUGGUGGAGACAAUCCAGAGCAGCCCGCAGCUCCUGGUGGAGAGCGGGGGCACCGUCUCCCUGCGCUGCCAGGAGGGCAUCAGCGAGACCAGUAUCCCCGUGCCCGUGCUAAACUGGCAGGACGGCUCCCUCAAGGCCACGCCUGCCACCAUAGAGCCAGAUGUUGUUCAGUCUCAUGGUGGUGUCUUCGUGGACAGUUCGUACCCCUCCUCUCCCAUUACUGCCCCGCCCUGCCGGGGCCUGCGGAGGGCCAGUGAGGUCAGCAUUGCCAGCCAGGUCUCAGGAAUGGCAGACAGUUACACUGCCACCAACAUAGCCAACAUCGCAGCCCGCUGGUGGGGCACCAAGCGCAUUGACUUUGCCCUGUACUGCCCCGAUGCCCUCACGGCCUUCCCCACCGUGGCACUGCCCCACCUCUUCCACGCCUCCUACUGGGAGUCCACUGACGUUGUCUCCUUCCUGCUGCGUCAGGUCAUGAGACAUGAGAAUUCCAGCAUCUUGGAGCUAGAUGGCAAGGAGGUGUCAGAGUUCACCCCCUCCAAACCACGUGAAAAGUGGCUGAGGAAGCGGACCCACGUCAAGAUCAGGAAUGUCACAGCCAACCACAGGGUGAAUGAUGCCGUGUUCACAGAAGAUGGCCAGCAGGUGGUGACUGGGCGCUUCAUGUACGGGCCACUCGACAUGGUCACCCUGACCGGGGAGAAGGUGGACAUCCACAUCAUGACCCAGCCUCCAUCGGGGGAGUGGAUAUAUUUUGCCACCGAGCUGACCAAUAACAGCGGCCGCGUCUCCUAUGUCAUCCCUGAAAGCAAGCGCCUUGGUAUUGGGGUCUACCCUGUCAAGAUGGUCGUCAGGGGUGACCACACCUUCGCAGACAGCUACCUGACUGUGCUGCCACGCGGGACAGAGUUUGUGGUGUUCAGCAUCGAUGGCUCCUUCGCUGCCAGCGUGUCCAUCAUGGGCAGCGACCCCAAGGUGCGCGCCGGGGCGGUGGAUGUCGUCAGGCACUGGCAAGACCUGGGCUACUUCAUCAUCUACGUGACGGGUCGGCCCGACAUGCAGAAGCAGCGUGUGGUGGCCUGGUUGGCCCAACACAACUUCCCGCAUGGCAUUGUGUCCUUCUGCGAUGGCCUGGUGCACGACCCUCUAAGGCACAAAGCCAACUUUCUGAAGUCCCUAAUCAGCGAGGCUCACAUGAAGAUCUUUGCUGGGUAUGGCUCCACCAAGGACAUCUCCGUCUACUCCUCCAUAGGCCUGCCCCCGUCUCAGAUUUAUAUUGUCGGCCGUCCCACUAAGAAGAUGCAACACCAGUGUCAGUUCAUCACUGAUGGCUAUGCAGCUCACCUCUCCCAGCUGGAGUAUAACCACCGCUCGCGCCCGGCCAAGACCAGCAGCGCCCGCAUGGUUCUCCGCAAGGGCAGCUUUGGCCUUGGUGCCAACAGCGACUUCCUGCGUAAGCGAAACCACCUUCUGCGCACCAUCUCCUCCCAGCCGACAUCCGGGUCGGCUGGCGGGCCGACGCCAGGCGGCCACGGACGGCCCGAGCGCACACAGAGCCAGUCGGACAGCGAGCGGGAGCGCACUGAGCGUGCCCAGCGCAGCAUGAGCAUUGCCGCUGGCUGCUGGGGCCGCAGUGGCAGCACCAAGCAGGAGGCCGGGGCCCUGAGCCCCAAGUAGGGAGGGGGUGGGGGAUAGAACAGAGAGGGAGACCGACGAACAUGAGGCACAGAGGGAGGGGCGAAGGGGGAUCUGGGGGCAGCCGUCUCACACCCUUACACCUGGGGUCAAAGGACAGCAGAGUGGAUAGGUCGAGAGCGAUUAAAAAAACAAAACAAAAAAAAAAAAAAACAAUGAUUAAAAAUCCACAUGGUGCUAUUAAACCAUCCAAGCAAAGGCGUGAAGCAUCAGCAAACCUGAAAUAGCGAGAGCCUGGGAAGAGAAACCUAACACCGGAAAGUAGGAGUGAGCCUCAGGUUUAAGGGCAACCGACGCUCAACCAGUGAGAGCGUGGAGAAUCACCGAGAGUUUGGCAGGAGGUGGGGGGUGCAGGUGGGAGAACAGAGCGGCAUUUUGGUGUGAGCCCCCCCCCCCGCCCCCCAGUAUCUACUAUCCCUUCCUCCUUGCUGUAGUGUGACUGAGGAAGUUUAGCAAUUAAACAAGAAACUCUAAAAAAAACAUGUACAGUGGAUGCCUGAUGUAUGUAGGGACAGUUGAGUCGAGUUAAGCUGUUUGCAGAUGUGGCUUUUGCUUUAAGAUUUGUAGAUAAAAAAUGACACUUUGUAAUAAGGCAACAAUCCCUUUAUCUUGCCGAUCUACAUGCAAUACCUCCCGGGAAAAGUCUUCAUCAGUCAAGAUCUGAAUCCAGUAGUGGUUUUUCAUGGCGGGUUUGCAGCAGUGUGGCCUGGCCCAGUGGAUUGGGGGUCUAUGGCAGCUGCAUGUUUAUAGCAUGAAGAUCUUUGUAAACCUCAUGAUUGACAGCCACUAGCGCCACCCCAUCCCUGUGCCCCACUUUCCUGACCCCGCCUCCAUGGGCCACGCAUUUUUCGACCGCCAUUCCUCAGAUAUGUGGGUGCCAUUCUUCAGCUGGGGAAAGGUGUCGGGGUUUUCUCACAGAUCUUGACUGCAAAAACCCAACUAAGGUUUUUUUGGGGUGGGGGGGUGGUGUGAGCAACGCAAACGACCCUCUGUCCCACAGACUCAGGUCUCCAGCAGGUGGUCUUGAGGACAAAAGUCAAAGGCAGCACGCUCCAGCGUCUUCGGGGCAGGCCAGCGGCUCAGAAAAGAUGGGCUACUCUGGGUGCUCAGCCUCACGGGGCUGUGCUUCUGGGUGACACUCAUGCGCCCCCCUGUUGGACAAACCAGGGAAUUACACUAUUAUCAACAGCUGAACUGAAAACAAUUCAGUGGCCAAACUCACAUUCAAGAAGCUGUAGAAGCUCAACUGUAUAACCUCAUUGUUUUUUUGCACUAAGUUUAUAGUGGAGAAUCUUGUUACCAUUUCAUGUUGCUACAUAUUGAUAUCUUGUAGUGCAUGACCGCUAUUAUUUACUACCUAUACAGGUUGUCUGCUUCUGUGUGUAUUUCUUCCCUAGCAGGAUUGGACAGAUACCUUAUUAGGAAAUAGAUGUAUGUAUACCAAGUGGAUCAGGCUGAAUCCAACAUUUCCUAUUUAAUGUACAGGAACUUAAGCUUCGAAUGCUUAUUUUGCUCUAUUAAGGCAAAAGACUCGCUUGUACAGUUUGGAUAACGAAGGCUUGUAUAAUAUAUAACAGAACCAGCUUAAUUUUUACCCCUAGGUCCAUGACUUAACCUUAGCGCACUCAGUGCAGAACAGUGACAGGGAUAUAUGCAAAGUCCUUACAGAUAAUCCGAGCAAAGAGCGAUUCGAGUUGUAAGGGUAUAUUCUAGCAUAAUCAUGGAUGAUAACAGAAAAUAAGGUUUGUGGUCAUUUGCUUUGCACAGUAUUAUCAUUUACACUCAUGCAUACACUGGAAGGAUCUUAUUGGGUGGUUUUAGAAUAUUUGACAUUAGAGCCUCAUAGCAUCCAUGUGGAAAUUUCGGAUACAGCCUUUCACUUCGUCUUCACCGUGAUGGUGGUAUGGAGGUGCAUGGAGCCACAUGAAGUAGUUUAAACUGCAGACUCUUUGCAGUUGAUUAAACAUAAACAUAGUGUAGAUAGUGUAAAGAUUAUGUAAAUGUCACGAAAAGUAGGAAUAUACAGCUGAGAAGUAUUUAUUUAUGCAGAUUUAUAAGGUUAUGGAUCCUUCAGGUUUAUUAUAUUUAAAGAUGUAGCUUUUUUUCUUGUUUCAGAUGUGUACAAGAUUGUUUUUAUGGACCAAUGAUAAUCUUUGUCUGCGCUUAAACAAAUGAAUAUUCCAGUCACCAUAGCGACGCCACUGCGCAGAGCAUCACGGCACUGACAAUCAGUCUCUCAUACUCGCUACCCCUCUGUUCGCCCCGCGCAUGCCAGCGAAGGUCAGCAGUGGCAGAUCGUACCUACGUGGGUGCCGGACGGUGGGGGGGCAGCGUCAGUCUGAUAGCUGCAUGGCCUUCCGGCAUGUGGAGAAUGACGCAACUCAUUCCCAGCAUGCCUCCAGGAACUGUUUCGCACAAAAGGGUCCUUUACGUUUUAACGAUACCCAGCACAAAACUGUACAUUUAUAAAAUACAGCCAUCCUGCUUGCAUGA